GGCGCAGAGAUGAGCGCUGACUGCGCACAGCAACAGCAUCCCCGCUGCACCGGCGGGGCGACGGGGCUAAGUCACGCCCAGGGGGCUGUGCCAGGCCGCUUAGGCCACGCCCACCACGCACAGGCGUGCCCCGAUGGGGCGGGGCUACGCGCUACUCUCGCGGGCUGUUGCGAAGGUCGAAGGGAACGGGAAAUGGCGUCUCCUGUGCUCGGCAGCCUGUGGCCCUGGGCUACGGCCCUGCUCCUGGCUCUGGGCGCGGAAAGGGCUCUGGCGCUCCCCGAGAUAUGCACUCAGUGUCCGGGAAGCGUGCAAAAUUUGUCUCAAGUGGCUGUUUAUUGUAAGCAGACUUCAGGGCUAACGCUGCAAGCUCGCUGCUGCCUGAAUCAGAAGGGCACCAUCUUGGGGCUAGAUCUCCAGAACUGUUCUCUGAAGAAUCCUGGUCCAAACUUUGCUCAAGCACAUACUGCUGCUAUCAUAGACUUGCAAGCAAAUCCCCUCAAGGAUAACUUGACCAGUACCUUCCAUGGCUUUACCCAGCUGCAGACUCUGGUACUGCCUCAAGAUGUCAUCUGUCCUGGAGGUAUUAAUGCCUGGUUAAGCAUUAUCUCCUAUGUGGACAUCCAGAUCUGCCAAGGGCAAAAGGACCUUUGCAAUAGCACUGGAAACCCAGAAAUGUGUCCUGAAAAUGGAUCUUGUGCAUCUGCUGGUCCUGGUCUCUUGCAGUGUGUUUGUGCUGAUGGCUUCCAAGGAUACAAGUGUAUGCGCCAGGGCUCUUUCCCACUGCUUAUGUUCUUCGGGAUUUUGGGAUCCACUACACUGUCCAUCUCUGCUCUGCUUUGGGGAACCCAACGCCGAAAAGCCAAGACUUCCUGAACCACCUAGGCGGCCCUGCUACCUGAAGUCACCCGAAGCUUCGCAGCGCAGCCGGGGAGGAUUGCUUCCCCAGCCCGCGGGUCCCCAGGGCCGAGGCUCCAUUGCGAUUGCGCCGGCGGGGAGUGUUUUGGGUACUCUGGGUCCCAUCGUGUUGCUGACUACAAUAAACUUUUUUUUUUCUUUUUUU